ACCUCUUUUUUUUUUGCAUGCUAGGCCCUUAGGACUACUAGCUAGAUGAGUAGUUGAUUGUAUGUUGUUUACUUGCAUGUCUUCAAUAUGGUUAUUUGCCUUAGGAAUAAUUUCUUGUUAUAUGCAUUAUUUACUUCAAUUUCAAAGUAUUUCAAGUUACUGAUUUACAUGGUGCCUAUUGGAUACAUUAUUUCUCAAUCUGUAAUAGUGUUGUGCGCUCCAAAAUAUUUACAGGUGCAUCCAUUUUGUGUGACUAACUUCAGUGGUGAGUUUGCAUGGAAUGCAUUAAAGAAAAUUGUAUUGCCAGAACAAGAUGAAGGUGAAGAAAUUUUGCUUGUGUCUGUGCGUGACCCAUCGGGUCAUUGGGUUCAACCCAGGAGAACUGAAGAGCAGAAGCCAAAGGAGAUGAAGCCAAAGGCAAGCGAGAACAAGCCUGUGAUGACUGAGUAAUUCGAGCAACUGAGAGUGCAGUGCAUUAAUGACUUCAUUGUGCAGGAAGUAGUUUGCAUGUCUGGAUCCGUUUGAUUUUGACCAGCAAGCCUGCAGAU